AUGUCUGGCCGCGGUAAGGGAGGUAAAGGACUCGGUAAAGGAGGCGCUAAGCGGCACCGUAAAGUGCUCCGUGAUAACAUCCAGGGGAUCACCAAGCCCGCUAUCCGCCGUCUGGCUCGCCGCGGCGGAGUCAAGCGGAUCUCCGGUCUCAUCUACGAGGAGACCCGCGGUGUGUUGAAGGUCUUCCUGGAGAACGUCAUCCGUGAUGCCGUCACCUACACCGAGCACGCCAAGAGGAAGACGGUGACCGCCAUGGAUGUGGUGUACGCUCUCAAGAGGCAGGGCCGCACCCUCAAGAAGGAGGUAAAGAUGGCCAGAACCAAGCAGACCGCUCGUAAAUCCACCGGAGGAAAAGCUCCCAGGAAGCAGCUGGCCACCAAGGCUGCCCGGAAGAGCGCCCCGGCCACCGGCGGCGUGAAGAAGCCUCACCGUUACCGGCCCGGUACCGUGGCUCUGAGGGAGAUCCGUCGCUACCAGAAAUCCACCGAGCUGCUGAUCCGCAAGCUGCCCUUCCAGCGCCUGGUCCGAGAGAUCGCUCAGGACUUCAAGACCGACCUGCGCUUCCAGAGCUCCGCUGUCAUGGCUCUGCAGGAGUCCAGUGAGGCUUACCUGGUCGGACUCUUCGAGGACACCAACCUCUGCGCCAUCCACGCCAAGAGGGUCACCAUCAUGCCCAAAGACAUCCAGCUGGCCCGCAGGAUCCGUGGAGAGAGAGCUUAGACUCACCCGCUACCACAACAACAACAACAACAACACGGCUCUUUUAAG